AUGGUGGCGUGGUCUCUCCUGGCUACCAUCGUCGAAAGCAUCGAGCUCGCAGCCGAUGCUGACAACGACCUUCUGUUCCUGGCCUGGGACAACCCCCUGUUUUCGGGCUCGCUCGUGGACUACGCGACAAUUUGCCCAACGGUUUUCAGCGCCCUCGUCCUCGCUGCAUACGCCAUGUGCAGCGGUCCCAGCACCUUCAACCUGCUUGUGUGUGCCUCCCGUGGUGUCAUCCGUGGCAUCUCGGGCUCGCCAGUCUGGCACGCACUCGUCAAGGGAGAUCUGCUUGGGUUGGUACUCCUCGCUCUGGGGACUACCUUCGAUAUGACGCUCUCGCUGAUCCGUCCUCAAUGGGCCGAUCGCAUAUACGCCGACCUUGCCAUCCACCGGGAUGUGCCAGUCGUCGUAGCGAUUCUCCUUCCAUCCGCGCUUGUGGUAGGCUGCUUCAUUGUGGCUCCAUCUUUGCUUGCCUACGGGUCCGGAAUGUUUGGUGUAUUCAUGGACAACACCGGUAUGCAGUCUCCAGGAUGCUACAAUCUUGGAUACCCAGGCGUUCCGUUCCCGUACUCAGGGCAACGCGAAGUCGCUUUCCGACGUCUCUUUUGCGAGGGAGAGCUCGCCGGAUUCGAACUCGCGGACUGGUGGAAGGAAUUUGUAGAGACCCAGCUCUAUAACUGGGAGCUGUUCCAACUCGUCGCCUUUACCACGGUAUUGGCUGUCGUUGCCAUCGUUUUCAUUGCGGAAUGGGCCUUCAUCGAAAUCCAGCGUGACAGCGCCUCUGUUACCUGGCUCGACACCCUGAUCUCCGCCCCAGCGACAGACAAUGGCGAUACCGUUGCCAACAAAGUUGGAACACCCGUCGAAUCCCGACCAUCUGGCACUCAUCACGACGCCGACCAGACCAUCGUCAGCACGGCCAGCAGCAGCAGCAGCACCACCACCACCACCACCACAAAGGAUGCCGCCACCGAAACUGACGCCGACAACAGCCUCGCCGUGAUGAACCAGAUGGAGUCCCGUAUCAGGGACCUCGAGUGUGUCAACAGCACCACUGCCUCUCGCCUCCAGGCUGAGACCUACGACUUAGCCUACGAACUGAUGACCAAGAAUCAGUCUCUGUUGACCACGCAAGAGGAAUGUGCCGACCUUAAGUCACUCCUGGCCCAGCAAAGAGAGCUGCACCAAACCCAAGAGGCCAGGAUGACGAGCCUGCAGCAGCAAAACGCAGCUCUCGUAUCAUCCAACGACGCUCUGCAGGCACAGGUCAACGCACAGUCCCUGGAACUUCAACAAGCGGCCCAACAACUUGUUGCGGCACCCGUCGUCACGCCAGUCAAAGCGCCGGUUGUCACCACUCCUGUCCAGGAGUUGGAGGCACCGGUUGUGGCGACCUCCGUGAUGAUGGUCGAUUCCCGGCCACCGCCCGCCCACUACCACCACCACCACUACCACCAUGGGGCUCUGCGUUCAGACAAGCGACAGGCGGCGCUGCUCAGACGCCAACUCCAGCAAGCACGCCGCCAGAGACGCAACCUCAUCGCCGGGAACUCGAAAUGCCGCGAGCAAUUGUCCGCUCAGGAACGCGCCGUCGACGAUGCAACCAUGGCCUUGAAGGCCCAGACGGAAGCUGUCUGCCGACUGACGGAACGGAAUGAGGUCCAACUUCGAACGAUUGCCGCUCUGGAGAUGGAAAACAAUGAACGGGAUGCCGAAGUCGUUGACUUUGAGAAACAGCACGAUGCAUACGUGGCUGACCUCAAGCAGCGGCUUUCGGACCAGACCGCCAUGGAAAAGCUGCGCAGCCAAGUCGAAGCCGCUGCGAAAAAGGAAAAGGACCAUAACAGCAACGACGAAAAGAAGGACUCUGAACUCAAGCUGGUAGAGUCCAUGUAUACCGCGUUCCUGGAAGAACGGGACGAAGAUAUCGUGAAGAAGGAUGAGGAUAUCCAACGAAAGGAUAAUGAGAUCCAGAAGCUUACGGAGAGCAAGGAUGUUCUCUCUCAGGAGCUCGAGCAGAGCAAGCAAGAGCUCGAACAGAGCAAGCAGAAGCUCGAGCAGACCACAAAGGACUACAAUGUCCAGAGAGCGCAGGUUCUCAAAAACGCCAACACCAUUGAGAAACUGCGCCGCCGGGUACAGCAAGAGGGACAAGCCGUUCCAGGAGGCCAGCCAAUUCCUCGAGGAGCACCACAGCCAACCAAAGAGGAGCCGCACAAUUAG